GAGCUGGGAUGUGGCCUUGCGGGAGCUGUUUUUGGAUCCACUUCAAAAUCCGGUGUACAAAGCUACUAUGGGGCUCAGGAGAUGUGAGGAUAUCUGCAGCUUUUUACGGUUUGAUGACAAGAGGACCAGGGCUUUACGGCAAGAAACAGAUCACAUGGCAGCGUUUAGGUACGUGUGGGACUGUUUCCUGACCAAUUGCCGAAGACGGUUCAUCCCCAGUGACUGUGUCACCAUAGAUGAACAGCUUGUGCCAUUCCGGGGCAGGUGCAGGUUCUUGCAAUAUAUGCCCAGCAAGCCUGCAAAAUAUGGAAUCAAAAUCUUCUGGAUGUGCGAUGCGAGGAUCCCUCAUGCGAUUGAUGGAAUGGUCUACACAGGGAGACAGCCAGGAGAGGAGGUUCAGCGGAACCUUGGAGAGAACAUCGUCCAACAGUUGUGCUAUGGAAUCAGGCAGACAGGACGCAACAUCACAAUGGACAACUUCUUCACCAGUGUCCCUUUGGCUGAGAAGCUGCUUGAGAAGAACCUGACCAUUGUGUGGACUCUUCGCCAAAACAAGCCAGAUAUACCGCCUGUCAUGAAGCCAUCCAAACUAAGAGAGAAGCAUAGCUCAGAAUUUGGAUUCAAUGGCAACAUGACCAUGGUGAGCUAUGUGCCAAAGAAGGGAAAGGCUGUUGUCCUCCUGAGCACCAUGCAUGACAGCAGAGUAGUGGAUGACAACAGCGUAAAGAAAAAGCCAGAAGUUAUCCAGUACUACAAUAAAACCAAAGGGGGAGUGGACACAAUGGACCAGAUGGUUCGCACCUACACGUGCAAGCGGAGAACACAAAUUAAUUCUCCUGAGAAGAAACAAAAUAGCUUCUGCAAAUAG